CUUCAUGUUGAUUGAUGUUGUACUGCUUUGUGAUAAGGGACAACAUGGACCCAGGAAAUCGUGGAUCUGCUUCUUCACAAUGGAGAUAUUCAGAUCUGCAAAAGAGCCCCCAUACUGGUUCGAAUGCCUUUCCUUGAGAAUUUAGCUCGAAUCGGAAUCCCCUCAGGUCUUGUUCUCCAGAAGACAAUGGAUCCUCCAAGAGUUAUUAAAACACAUUUGCAGUUUCAUCUCAUUCCACGGAGCUUUUGGCAGAACAAAUGCAAAGUGAUCUACGUGGCUCGCAAUGCUAAGGACAACCUAGUGAGCUACUUCCACUUUAAUCACAUGAAUCUCACCCACCCCGAACCUGGACCCUGGGAGGGCUACAUCCAAAAGUUCAUGUGUGGACAGGUGCCAUGGGGCUCCUGGUAUGAUCAUGUCAAAGGUUACUGGCAGGAGCGAGAAAAGAAGAACAUUCUUUUCCUCUUCUAUGAAGACAUGAAGGAGAAUCCCCGUCGUGAAAUAGAGCGCAUUAUGAGGUACCUGGACUUGUCGCUCUCUGAUGAUGUCAUCAGCCGCACCUUCAGCCGCAACUACACCUUCAUUCCCCAACCAGUUUUUGACCAUUCCCGCUCUACCUUUAUGAGAAAAGGUGUAGUUGGUGACUGGAAAAACCACUUUACGCCCGAGUAGGCAGCAGAGUUUGAUGAGCACUACGAGAAGAAAAUGCGUGACAUAAACAUACCAUUCAGAUCACAGCUUUACACCAUUUAAAGCCAACAAGGACUUGGAUGUAAAUGGGUUA